GCAGCAAUGGCGGCGGCGGGAGCGGCGGCGGGAGGAGCAGCGGGAGCGGUGGCGGCCCCGCCGCGGGGAAUCCGCGCCUGGCUGCGGAGCGCCUUCCGCUUCGCCACCGACCGCAACGACUUCCGCAGGAACCUGCUGGUGAACCUGGGGCUGUUUGCUGCCGGGGUGUGGGUGGCCCGGAACCUGACGGACAUCGACCUGAUGGCCCCGCAGCCCGUGCCAUAGCAGGGAAGGAGCCGGAGCUGCCGGAGCAGAGCUCGCCCUCCCACCAGGACUGGAUCCAUGGAGCUGCUCUGAUCCCUCUGGAGCUGCUCUGAUCCCCUCUGGAGCUGCUCUGACCCCACCUGGAGCUGCUCUGAUCCCUCUGGAGCUGCUCUGAUCCCUCUGGAGCUGCUCUGACCCCACCUGGAACAGCUCUGAUCCUUCCUGGAACAGCUCUGAUGCCAAGUGGAGCUUCUCUGAUUUCCCCUGGAGCUGCUCUGAUCCCUCUGGAGCAGCUCUGAUCAAUCUGGAGCAGCUCUGAUCCCUCUGGAACAGCUCUGAUCCCUUUGGAACAGCUCUGAUCCCACCUGGAGCACCUCUGACCCCACCUGGAACAGCUCUGAUCCUUCCUGGAACAGCUCUGAUGCCAAGUGGAGCUUCUCUGAUUUCCCCUGGAGCUGUUCUGAUCCCUCUGGAGCAGCUCUGGUCCCUCUGGAUCAGCUCUGGUCCCUCUGGAACAGCUCUGAUCCCACCUGGAGCUGCUCUGGUCCCCCCUGUCCUGCCUGGAGCAGUGACAAGGACAAAAGGUUUCAUGCUGAGAGGGAGAAUCGGUUUCCCAUGGAUUCAUUCCUUUGGGAAUUGUUCCUUCAAGGAAUUUCCUCCUGUACUCCUCACCCCCAGAUGUUUAUUAAAGUUUAAGGAGUAACAACACAA